AUGGCGGCUCAAUGGCAGCAGUUUCAGCCUUCUUGGCAAAGCAUGCCCUUACCACCUGGCUGGGAGGCAAAAUACGAUCCAAACAUCGGYAGAUAUUAUUUUAUUAAUCAUGCAACAAGAACCACGUCAUGGAAUGAUCCAAGACUUGGACAUGGAGGAGAAGCUAUCCCMAUGCAGAACAUGCAACAGCCAAGGUGCAUAGCGCCAGGCCAUGAAAAAGUGGGAAAAACGGGRUUCCAUAAUUACUUACAAAGACGCCGAAGGGAGGAAGAGCAAAGACAACGAGAGGAAAAUGAGAGGGAAAAAGAACGAAGGGAACGAGAAGAAAGGAAUAGAAARAGGCAAGAAGAAGCAAGAAGAGGAAAGGAGGAACGACAACGAAGAGAACGAGAAGCACUUAAGAACUCACUUUUUAUGGAAUUUGGAGAUGUGCUUGACCCAGAGAUUAUUACCUUAACCAUGGAAAGUCUGAAAUACGAAGAAGGGCAGUGUCGUACUGUUCUGCAAAAUGUAAAAGAGAAGCAAGUUGAACUAGAUAGGCAAAGAGAAGAAGAGAGGAAAAAUAAAGCAGAAGAAGAGAGGAAAAAGAAAGUAGAAGAAGAAAGAAAAAAGAAAGCAGCUCGGCAAAGAGUCACGGAAGCUCCACAAGGAACAAAAACAUCAAAGCCAUCGCAGGCAAGCAAGCCGUCGCCUCCAAAAGCUGUUAAACAGAGAACAGCGCAGCCACGAAAACCCCGUGUUUCACGGUCCCAGUUCAAGUCUCCAUUGAUCAGCCAGCCUAAUGGACCAAACUCGGCUUUAGUAAAUGGGCCCAAUGCUUCGCUGGUCAGUUCACGAGCAGUCAGAGUCAAUGGGCCACAAGAAGGUAACAGACAUGGACCCAACCCUAGGAACGUGCAUGGACCAUGUGGACUAAAUAAUCACAGACAGUACCUAAACAAAGGUCCUCAUUCAGAUAAUCUCCAUGGUCAACAAGGAGGUUUAGUUAAGGGAUCAAUCUAUAAUGUCUCUAUCAUGACCUCUGUAUAAACCCAUAUACACCACAAAMUUGUGUAUUGAUUACCUCCAGAUCGCCUCUCUUUCUCUCCCAUGUGGAUGGAAGGUGUUUAGAAGUGACACUUAACAGACUGUUAACAAUCCCUCUUUUCCUCUCCUAUGAGUUGUUUUUUUUUCACUCCCACUUGGAUUCAAUCUCCGCACGUCCACAAUCCAAAAUCGUUUUUUUACUGAGUGUGGAGUUAAAAGUGGGGCUGCCCAUCAUUCAAUCCACAGUCUGUAUGACCUAUUAUAUAUAUCAUACGAGACACUAAACUUCAUUAGUAUUUCAAUACUUUUAAUUAUUAAGAGAUGUAAAAAUAUUUGGGAAUAUGUUAUGAGCUGCAUUUAUCCUGGGCAAGUAUUUACUUCCACUUYAUUGGUGUUCAUAUUCARUGGGCCCUUCUCAAAAGUAUCGUGGAUGCGAGGCCAACAUGGAAAUACGAAAGAAAUCACUCUUGUUCCUGAUGGAAUUUGUGGUAUUUCUUAUGUAUUUCCAAGUUAGCCUUGCAUUCGAGACACUUUUUAAGAAGGGUGUAUUGCAUAAUUACUAUAUAUAAGUAUAAGAUAACUGUAAUUACAAAAUAAAAUCAAGCCAUUCAUAUAGUA